CAUUGAGUCAAAGCAAAAUGACAGGCCUUAAAAAUGUAAACAGUUCUUACAAACAUUUUGAGAGAAAACUAACAAAAAGAAGAAUUAAGUUCAAAAUUGCAAGUGCGAAACCAAAAAAAAGAAAAAAGAUGAAUAUUUUACAACCAUUAUUGCUGGAUCGCAGCUGUCUGGUCAAGAAGAUGCAAAAGCUGUCACCGCUUAUCGAUAAACUCGAAUGGAUCAACACGAAUGAUCGAGCCUUUCAAGCCUAUUGGAGCUAUUAUGCCACAGGUUGCAAGAAGCGACAACAGGACAUUCGACAGCGUAUCGAACAGAAUGCAGACUUUGUACAAAAUAUCAAAAACAAAAAGGCGGCGUCGUUCCUUAAAAUCUUAACCCAAGACACGGCACCGAUCGAUGCACAUAAUGAACCCAUCAAUACCAUUUAUGAAGAGUUGCUCGAGUGCUUUCGCAAACCACCCGAAAAGAAGCGUCGUAAACGUGAGAAGCCAUCCGAAAUUUUCUGGCAACGUGAAGCCGACAAUGCUUUAAUACGAUUGACAAAAACUCGAAAUCCCUAUGACAUUGCCCAAAUCAUAGGAGAAUUAAAAAAAAUCGAGCAGUUGCAGUCCGUAAAUCAAGCUUCACCAUAUCCUGCCAGAUUUAAAACCCCCAGAGUAAAGUACGUAACUAAACCUACAAGGACAUCUUCCCUUGAAAAGGACAUAGGAAUUGAUGUAGAUAAAACUACGGCAAAGUCACGGAAAAAGUCUACAGAAAUAAUAACUGAGGAAGCAACAGAUUUAGCAAACACCAAACUUAGAAAAGAUAGAAAUAAAAAUAUUCGACUACAAAGAGCUAACUUAAAUGCAUCAAAACAAUUUUAUGUGGAUGAAAAGUAUCCAAAGAAGGAGAUAGCUAAAUUCCAAGACAUACCGCUUCAAGAAACACCAGAAACUAUAUCAACUGAGGUAAAAAAGAAACUAAAGCAGAAAAUAAAACCCAAUAAAGAGAUUAUAUCAACUGGGCUUAAAAAAGAACGACAGCAGAGAAAAAAAAGAGAAGAGAAAACGAAGACGAAGACGAAGGGAAUGCCAAUCAAAAAAGAAGUUCCACACAGUGAAUCACUAAAAGAACAAGAGUAUCUGCAGCUUAAAAAAGCUAAGAAUAAGGAAAUAACUCCGAUAAAGAGCAGUUCAAAAAUUGACUUACCCGAUGAAUUAAUAAAAAAACAUCAUAUUCUUAAAGACAGAAAAUCUAGUGUAAGCAGUCGUAAAUCAAGCACAAGAAAUAGUUCAAUUAGAAAAGAUAGUUCUGGUGAAUUCAAAUCAUGGUAUGAAGAAUUUGCCAAACACAAAGCUCAAUAUACUAAAAGUCGAUUAAGAUCCCUAAUAAAACCAAAAAGAAAAAGUUCACUGAUAAGUCAACAAGACAGUGUCGAAAGCACUACAACAAAAUCGAAGCAACCAAAAAAAAAGAAAGAAAAUAAUCAGAAAAUUGAUAUGACAGCUAAAAUACAGCAAUUUCAAAGAGACAAUCCAUUUUUAGCGAAAUAUUUCAAAAAAUUUGGGCAUAAUAUACCCCAAAUAAUUGAUGAUAUCGGACCACAUCAGGAUAGUAAUGUGGAUGAAGAAGCCAGUUUGGAUGAUAUGAAUUUACAUCAUUGGAAACACUUUCCGACAGCAACUUUCAUACCAAAACUUGUAGGCAAAUACAAAGGACCCCCCUCACCCCCCUUUGAAUCUCAAUCAUCAAUCAACACAGCCAAAGAAGUGUACAUGCCAAAAAUUAAAAGACGUAGUCUGGAAAUUGGUGAAGCCAGAAUAGUGGAUAUUCCGGAAAUACCGGAAGAAAAUAUACGUAAAAAAAGUAAAGCAAAAUCGAAAAAUAAAUUUGAGCCAAAAAAAAAACACCGAGUGAAACGUAUUGCACCAAAUGCUUCAAUACAAAGUACGGAUCGUACUACUCCUUUGUCUAGUGAAGGAACUGUUAGAGACAUGUCAAAAUGGGACAAAAUUUUUAAGCAUUUAGAUAAGUCGAAUCGUUCAAAUGAAACUGUACACAAGCCACAAGAACUUCAUGACUUUCAAGUGGAGAAGCCACCGAUCGGAUUCAAGUUGACCGACAAGGAAGUCGCCUAUAAUAAUCCGUAUGAACGGGACAGCUUUUUGAGUCGAAUAUCAAAUGCCUUUGAGUUAGCUAAAAAUCAAAUUGGUAGUAAAACUAAUUUAACAAUGACAUCACUCAAAUCGCAGGUAGCAUUACAUGCAGUUUUCACAAGAAAAAGUAAUAUAUCUAGACUGCUGGAAUCUAGUGACAGAUCGAGUUUGUUUAGAUUUCGUUCGACAACACAUAGAAUACCGGAGCCACCACCAAUAAUUAUUGCCGAUGUUGUAGCUGAGUUUCUAAAAUCCCGCAGCAUCGAAGCGAUCUUUAAAGAUAUCUGUCCGAAUUUGUUUAAGCCUCCCGAAGAGGACGACAAACUCAAGGAACCAAUACCAACUAAACCGAAAAUUGAUUUAACUAAAUGUAAGAAACACCCAUCGAAAUUACAGCUAAAACCCAAAGCUUGCUUAAACUGUGGUAUUUGCAAGCAACUAAUUUCACGUUCCUCAACUGGAAUGCAUCCCUAUAUGAUUAGAAUGCAAUGUCAGCACAAAAAGCAUGAACUACGUUCGUAUUACAAACAGAUGAUGCUACGCAAUUGUCAGCUGGCAAAGGAUCUCCAGGCUCAACGACAUCCCAAAGAUCAUUUCUGUCAUAUGAUGUCUUAAAGUCUGGAAUUUAAUGACAGCACACGUAGCAUUGGGUCAGCUUUUGAAUAGAUCAAAACAUAUGAAAAGUUGCAGAGAUAUUUCUUGAAAUUUUCCACAUGAUUUGAUCUGACAAAAGACUGACCAGCAAUGCUACAAAUCAAUGACAUUUCUUUGUAUUAUUUUGGAUUUGUAAUAAAACAUAAUGUCCCUUCUCUGUAGACCUCA